AUGAUCGCCUUGAGCUCCACAGCUGCAAGGAACCUCCCCCGCACCUCCGCGGCAUCUUGCCCUGUUUUCGACUUGGCUCCUUUUCUGCGCCUCCACCCUGGCCCCAAAGCCUCACGCUGCCUCCCGGUUCCCCUGCGUCGGAAGAGGCUGGCUCGCAAAGAGGCCAGGGGCUGCAUCACUCUACCUCGCCAGCGUGCAGACCUCAGGUAUGUGUGCAGAGAAAUGUUGGAGGGAAUCAGUGAGGAGGCAGAACGAUUCGGGCGGCCCAACCAAAAAUCCCUGAUCGAGGAACUCGAAGCAGGAAACCAGACGACAAACUGGAUGCUAUCUGACCUCAGAAAUGGAACGCUGCAGCUGCACGACAUCCAAGCACAAGCGGUCGUAUGCUUUGCGCUGUUCAACGGGAAAAAAGACAUGUUUCAUCGGAUCCUCUGA